AUGCGGGUGCCGAGCCGGCUUCUUAGCCAGUCCCAGCGCCGAUCUCUCCGCGCGCGGAACACUCUCUCGGCCCUUAGAAAGUUCAGGGUGUCGACCGACCGACGCGCGCGGAAAAGAAGAAGGAGAAGAGAAGAGGGAAGAAGAACAGGUAUAGAAGCGGAGGGUGUUGCCCCCCAUUGACUGUGUUCAUAUCUCUCAAUCAUCAUUGGUGAACAAAGUCGGAUCACAAAAAAAUCGGAAGAAAAAAGUACUUGAUUCAAUUUCAGGUAGUGAUUAUCAGCGUGGCGGGCGCGUUUCGAAAAGGAAAAAGCUUUCUUCUCAACUUUUUCCUCGAGUAUCUCUACAAUCUUCACAAGGCUCAACAGAGUGACGCCCAAGCCGAUUGGCUCGUCGACGAAUGCCAAAUUCACGGUUUCCACUGGCGAGCCGGAGCCAAAAGGGAUACUGUAGGUAGGAGCCGUUUUCCUAUUCAGACCUUUUUUAACUUUUCCUUUUCUUUUUAGGAAUUUGGUUAUGGGGAGAACCCAUAAUGAUCGAAACAUCGACGGGAGAAAUGUUCGCGGUGGUUUUAGUAAGUCUAAAGAAUAAUGGAGAAUACUUACAAUAUCGGCAAAAAUCUAGAUGGAUACACAAGGAACAUUCGACAACAAUUCGACAUAUCAACAAUGUAUGACGGUUUUUGCACUUUCCACAAUAGUUAGUAGUAUGCAGGUAGUAUUGGGUUACUGUAGAUUCAAAUUACGGUAGACAGCUUCAGAUUUAUAACGUAGUGGAUAACAUCCAGGAGGACGCCCUUCAACACCUCUCGCUGUUCGUCGAGUACGGUAGAAUGGCGAUGGAGCAGCCGAACAACUUUGGCAAACCUUUUCAGGUUUUCUAGAUUGGCUACAAUACUUUAGUGAGAUCAAAAAUCUUUCAGAGCCUUGUCUUCUGCGUUCGUGACUUCAAAAACCAGGAAGAGUACAAGCAGCACGAAGAAGACGCCGGAUCGGUUUUCCUGGAAGGAGUGCUCCAGACGAAUCCGGACCAACCGGAAGAGCUUCGAGCGGUCAGAGAGCAGCUCCGUGAUUACUUCGAGAACAUUCAGUGUUUUCUGCUGCCCCAUCCCGGCUACAAAGUGGCUGAACGUCAAAGUUUCCGGGGACAUGUCAAGGACCUACGCCCGCUUUUCCGAGAAGAGCUCAAAAAGAUGGUGGCAAGUCUGCUCGAUCCGCGCCUGCUGAAGCCGAAAGUGGUGAACGGGAAGACGGUGACAUGCCGGAAGAUGAUGCAGUACUUCAAAGAGUACGCCGCCUCGUUCGACGGCGAAACGCUCCCGCAGCCGCAGAGCAUUCUGAACGCCAACGCGAAGCUCAUUUGUAUCGAGGCGGCGCACGAGGCGAAAGUGAAUUAUUGCCGGGGAAUGGACCGGUCGACGUACGGAACGCGGAUGAUGUCGGAAAAGAAGCUGCUGGAGGCGCACAUCAAGCACGGAAUCACCGCUCUGAACAUCUACGACAAGUGUCCGAAGAUCGGGUCGAAGGACGUGCGGAGUCAGUUGUUGGAGAAGUUGCAGGAGGAUAUCAAUGUGAGUUUGCAAAUCACAAUUUAGAAAACAACGUGACCUUUACAUAUUUCCUGUCUUAAAAGUACGCAAGUUCUUAAUAUUUUGCCGACAAAACGUGUAUAGGUCAAGUGAACUUGAAAAGCAUGAGCAACGAGAAAUGUUAAUUUUUAGGCCGAAUUGGAAAGGUACAAACGGCUGAACGAGGCAAAGCGGGUGACGGGCUGCGCGUCGGCGAUGCUCGCCUGCGGAGACUCGGUCUUUCUCGGGAUCGGCCUCGGAAGCGCGGCGAGCGGAGCCAUCGCCGGCGCCGUGCUCACUCUCCAGGCGGGCGUCGUCAGCCUCGGAAUCGUCGCCAUCCCCAUCUCGCUGACCACUCUCUUCUUUAUCUGGGCCUACGUGUGGACGAAGCCGUGCUUCGAACGGAUUUCCAAUAAAAACAAGUAG